AUGUCUGGCGACACAUUUUCGAGAGCGGGUGAGGCUUUUGUGCAAUGGUUUCUCAGCGAUCCUCAAGCCAAUAUAAGCCCCAAGAUUUCACUCACGGGUUUUAGAGACAGAAGUACUGCAAGAGGAAUAGUUGCCAAAGAAAACAUUGAAGGAGAUGCCGAGCUUUUCACCGUUCCACGCUCGAGCAUCCUUUGUGUCGAGAACUCAGAUCUUCGCCAGAAGUCACCUAGCGUAUUUGAGGAGACUGACAACUGGUCUUCGCUCAUUCUUGUCAUGCUAUACGAGUUUCUUCGGGGAGAUCGUUCUCCCUGGAAGCUUUACUUUGACGUCCUUCCGGACAAGUUCGACAGCUUGAUGUUUUGGUCAGAAAACGAGUUGGCCGAGCUGCAAGGAAGCGCUGUAAUACAUAAAAUCGGGAAAACGCAAGCGGAUGAAAUGUUCAGGAGCAAAAUUUUACCGAUAAUCCAAUCUCGUCCAGAAAUCUUCGAGAUCAGUACCUCAACCACGGGCCACUCAGAAGAAAGUAUCUUGGCGUUGGCUCAUCGAAUGGGCUCAACAAUUAUGGCAUACGCGUUCGAUCUUGAAAAGGAUGAAGCAGAGCAAGAAGGGGACGAAGACGGGUUCCUGUCAGAAGAGGAAGACGAGGAAUUGCCGAAAGGCCUUAUUCCUGUGGCUGACAUGCUGAAUGCCGACCCCGAGAACUAUAACGCACAACUUUUCUACGGCAAAGACACAUUGACCAUGAAAGCGCUAAAGCCUAUAAGCAAGGGCGAAGAAAUCUUGGUCGAUAAUGGACCACUUCCACGCUCGGAUCUCCUGAGGCGAUACGGCUACAUUACUGACAGUCACGCCAAGUAUGACGUUGUAGAAGUGGCUUUGGAUAUGGUCGCUGCCAUCGCUGCGACCGAGGCCGGCCUCUCUGACGAAGAUCGAACGCAUCGGUUGCAAUACUUUGAAGAGCAAGAUUUUCUAGACGAUGGCUACGAUAUUUCCUACCCUGACGAAGUGUCGCCUGCCUUUGCCCCUGAGCUUCUUGGACUGAUCAAUGGGCUCCUUCUCCCUCCUGAACGUUUUAACGCAAUGCGUUCACGCGAAUCGUUGCCCAAAGAAAAAAUGACUUCCGCUGUUGCAAACGUGCUCUCUUCUAUUAUUGAACGGCGGCAAAGUGAUUACGGCACCAGCAUCGAAGAAGAUGAAACCCUUUUACAGAGUCAGGUGACGGAGUCUCGAUUAAAAAUGGCCAUCGAAGUUCGACUCGGUGAAAAAAAAGUCAUGGAAACAGCACUAAAAGCUCUGAGGCAGUUCUCUGCGGGCUGUGAGCAUCCUAACCCAUCUUCUGGGGGGAAACGUGCUGCCCAUGGAGAUGAUUUGGCUACUCCAAAAAAGUCGAGACCUCUUUAA